UUCUGUCGAUGGCAUGGUGCUAAGCAGCCACGGCAGGAACAACGAAAUUCAUCGACAAUCCUCGUUUGACUUCGGAUAUCUCAUGGGAAACAAUUGACUCGGUUCAGUUUUCGAAGUGAUUGUCAGCUAUUCCGUAGUCUAUAAAGACGGCCCGUUCGGCUUUGCCCAUUCUUCUCUCCCCCAAGGUUAGCGGGCUCACCGGCUAACGAUAGCCGAUUAAGCGCUAUCGCUAAACUAGUUGAGCUGAAAAACAAAACUGUUACUCAGGAACCCGCUAUCACUCACUACUACGCCCUCGCAUCGUAGCUAUUUGUAAGAAAAGAAAAAAAAAACUAACAUUUGGAGUUGAGGGAAAUCAUGGCGGAGGCCGACAAACUGAACAUCGACUCCAUCAUUCAGCGUCUGUUGGAAGUGAAAGGCUCCAGACCUGGCAAAAAUGUCCAGUUGACAGAGAAUGAAAUCCGGGGCCUUUGCCUCAAAUCCAGGGAGCUCUUCCUCAGCCAGCCAAUCCUGCUCGAACUCGAGGCGCCUCUCAAGAUUUGCGGGGAUGUUCACGGGCAGUACUAUGACCUACUGAGGCUGUUCGAAUACGGCGGCUUCCCACCGGAGAGCAACUACCUGUUCCUGGGAGACUACGUGGACCGAGGCAAGCAGUCGCUGGAGACCAUCUGCCUGUUGCUGGCGUACAAGAUCAAAUACCCAGAAAACUUUUUUCUGCUGAGGGGAAACCACGAGUGUGCCUCCAUUAACAGGAUAUAUGGUUUCUAUGAUGAGUGUAAGAGGCGGUACAACAUAAAGCUGUGGAAGACCUUCACCGACUGCUUCAACUGUUUGCCCGUCGCCGCCAUUGUUGACGAGAAGAUCUUCUGUUGCCAUGGAGGCCUGUCUCCGGAUCUGCAGUCUAUGGAGCAGGUGCGAAGGGUCAUGCGCCCCACCGACGUGCCCGACCAGGGCCUCUUGUGCGACCUGCUGUGGGCCGACCCCGACAAGGACGUGCUGGGCUGGGGGGAGAACGACCGCGGCGUCUCCUUCACGUUCGGCGCCGACGUGGUCACCAAGUUCCUCCACAAGCACGACAUGGACCUCAUCUGCCGGGCCCAUCAGGUGGUCGAGGACGGCUACGAGUUCUUUGCCAAGAGGCAGCUGGUCACGCUGUUUUCCGCCCCAAACUACUGCGGGGAGUUCGACAACGCGGGCGCCAUGAUGAGCGUCGACGAGACCCUCAUGUGCUCGUUCCAGAUUCUCAAGCCCGCAGACAAGAAGCUGUUCUACGGCGGAGGCGGCGGCAUGGGCUCGGGACGCCCCGUCACCCCGCCGAGGAAAGCUAAGAAAUGACAGCAGUAGUGGGCCCCGCGACCUUUGCCCCCCAUCCUCCCUGCCCUUUCUACCUCUCCUUUCUUUCAGCAAACAGCCGGAAAGCAAACCUUUACCCAGGGCUUUUUUCUCCCCCUUUUUUUAAAUCUGUACUUCUGAAAACAUUUCCUGUUACAUAUUGUCUGAGCGAGUGCGCGAACGAGUGAAUGUACGCCCCUGUGUGCCAGUGCGCAUUAAAAUGGCGGGCGGGUUGUACGCUUGGUGAGAGAGUAUUAGCGAUUUCCACUUUUCUCUCGCGCGCUCUCUCGCUCUCUCUCUCUCUCUCUCUCUCCCUCUCUCCCUCUCCCUCCUGCCACUCUACCUGUGGAAAGGUUGACACCACAGAGCGCGCCUCUACAGCGAUUUGACUGAAAAAGCAGUUCGGCCGGCCGCGUGUCCGACGCAAGGAAAUUUUGCCAGCAGGUGGCGUGUGUGUCCUCCCGGAGGGAGGGCAUAUUUUGUUUUCCCUGUCCCACCGUUAUUGUAAAAUCUCCGUGUGUGUGCGCGCGGGGGCGUGCGUGCAUGUCACACACACGCACACACAUGCACAACUCCUCAGAUUCAUAUGAGCCAGAGCUGUAAAAAAAAAAAAAAAAAAAAAAAACAACCCC